GACACAACAAGAGUGACAGUGACAUUUAAAAUUAGCUAAUUGGCCUCUUCAAUGUAACUAAAAACGAAAUAUUUGAACAAAAUGGAAAAUAAUGGGCUUUCGGAGCCAGAUAAUAAUGUGUUUACAAGAAAAAUAAUCAUUAUAGGCGCCGGAAUGGCGGGGCUUUCUUCGGCGUAUCAUUUAACAAAAAAUGGUUUCACCGAUUUUGUAGUUUUAGAAGCUCGAGGACGAAUUGGCGGAAGAAUAAUUCAAAUACCUGUCGGUAACGAGAAAAUAGAACUUGGAGCGAAUUGGAUACAUGGGGUUCUAGGAAACCCAGUUUAUGAAUUGGCAAUGCAACACGGUUUGGUGGAUAUAAUGGCUUAUCCAAAACCUCAUAGACUAGUAGCAGCUACGGAGCAAGGCAAGCAAGUGCCUUUCGCAACGCUCCGAGAAACAUACGAGGCGUAUUUAUGCUUCCUGAAGCGAUGCGAAGAGUAUUAUAUAUCCCAGUAUACUCCACCUGAAGGAAUAGACAGUGUGGGUGAUCACAUAAGAUUAGAAAUAGGCUUAUAUUUGGAUAAAAUCCAAAACCAACACGAAAAAUGUUUGAAGGAAUUAAUAUUUGACUGUCUGUUGAAACGAGAGACAUGUAUUUCAGGCUGUGAUGAUAUGAGUGAGAUCGAUUUAUUCGAAUUAGGGAGUUACGAAGAACUACAAGGCGGGAAUAUAGUAUUACCAAAUGGCUACAGUUCUAUUUUGGAGCCGUUGAAAAGUGCAAUACCAAUAGACAAUUUACUAAUGAAGCACCCAGUCAAAACUAUUAAAUGGACUAGUAGAAAGACUAAAGGUGGCUCUAAUAACGACGAUAGUGAUUCAGAUGAUUCGGAUCGUACUGUCAUAGAAAGCCCAUCGAAUUCUAAUCAGUCUAGCCGAGAACCGAGUUGUGAGAAAACCCUCAACAAACAUAAAGUUGAAGUAAUCUGUGAUAAUGGCAAAAAGUUCUUAGGUGACCAUAUAAUAUGUACUAUACCCCUUGGGGUUCUCAAACACUGCGCUAAUACAAUGUUUCAACCUCCUCUAUCUGAACAUAAAUUAGAAGCAAUAGAUAGAUUGCUCUUUGGAACUGUAGAUAAAAUUUUACUGGAAUAUGAUAGACCAUUUUUGCAUCCAAACAUUACAGAAGUACUGCUACUCUGGGAAGCAGAUUCUGAUAAAGAAACAGACAUUAGCAAAAAUUGGUACAAGAAAAUAUAUUCGUUUACGAAAAUAUCGGAAACUAUAAUUUUAGGUUGGAUUUCAGGCAAAGAGGCCGAAUAUAUGGAGACGUUAUCGAAUGAUAUUAUAAUAGACGUGUGUACUUCGAUUUUAAGAAAGUUUCUAAACGAUCCUUUCAUACCCAAACCGAAAAAUUGUGUAUGCACAAGUUGGCACAGUCAACCGUACACAAAAGGUUCAUACACAGCAAUAGCUGUAGGAGCAUCACAAAUCGACAUUGAAUUAUUAGCACAACCGAUUUACUACGAUGAUAACGAAAAAGAGCCGGUGCUGCUGUUUGCUGGUGAACAUACGCACAGCACUUUUUAUUCAACUGUACAUGGGGCCUAUUUGAGUGGAAGAACAGCAGCACAAAUUCUUAUGCAAACAGAUCACCAAGAGGAAAUUGUUGUAGACAUUGAUGGAGAUAUUACAGACUUGAGUUCGUGGGUUCAAGGAAUAUGCUUAGAAUGAAAAAAAUUAUUGGUAAUAGACAUUUUGGCUUGUUUGUUUACAAUGAUACAUUUUGAACAAGCAUGUAAUCAUAAUAGUAUUAAAAUCUGCAGCCAAACAGGAAAGGUCUCCAAAAAUAUUAAAUUUAUAGAUUGAUAAAAAUUAAUUGCAGAAUUAGUCACGUAAUUGAUAUCUAAUUUAUUGUUGUUUUUAUGAAUGGAUAAACUUGUUGAUGAAAGAUUGUAAGUACAAAAAUUUAAAUGAAGUAAUUGUAAAUUCUAUAUGCUACUGCAAUACACAAAUGUGUUAUCAAUUAUUAAAUUUUCAGUUUUGAUUGAUCACUGUUGCCAAAAUCAACUCUAAAAUUAUAUUUGAACAGUAUCUUAUUUUAUUAACAAAGUAUUGAUUUUCGAAUUUAUACACUUAUGUUUACACUUUUACAUUGCUUGUGCUAG